GAUGGGGAAGACGGAGCUAGUGCUGGAAAACGCGAAUUAAACGUCUCAAGAAGUAUCAAAAACAACUUUUAAAGUUACAUAUGUAAUGGUUACAGCUUACGUCGGCAUGUGUUAGUAUCUUAAAGAGAAGCAGCAACUUUGGCAGUACGUCUUUCUUACUGCUAUAGGAAUUACAGCCAGUUUCGGAGGAUGUCAGCCCCCAGCAACUCGCUUCAGCAGGCGAGGGUGAGACGCAGCAAUGCGGGCUCCCCCGGAUCGUUCAACAACAGCAGCUGCCGUUUGCACCCCAUCCGUGCCACCGUGCCCUACCAGCUCCUGCGUGCGGGUCAGAGCAGCCCGACGCGGGCGCAGACCCUCUACGGAGGAGCCACGAACAGCCGAGGCUCAAGCCCCCCAUCCAGCCCGACACUCAGUUCAGGAAGUGCAAAUGCAAAGCAAAGACUGUCCCCCGAAAAUAGGGACUCCUCCUGUCCCCCAGAUUCUCCAGUUUCCAGAGCAGAAAGGUCCAAGUUACAGGUUCGGAGUUCCAGUGCCAUCCGGCGAACAUCUUCCCUGGACGCCAUCACAGGGCCAUACCUCACCGGCCAGUGGCCUCGGGACUCCCACGGACCCUACCCUUCCUGUAUGAAAGACAAAGCCACACAGACUCCAGGUCUCUGGAUUGACGAAGGAGCAGAACAGGGAAGUCCUCACCAGCGGUCAGCCUCCUGGGGCAGCGCAGACCACCUCAAAGAGCAGAUUGCUAAACUGAGACUGCAGCUGCAGCGCAGCAAACAGGUCAGCCGGCAGAGUAAAGACAGGGAGCAGAGCUCACUGCAGCUGCCGCAACAGGCGCAGCACAGCACUGCAUGCCAACCUCAGUACAAGGGAACUUCAUCUGCCUUGUCGACAAUCCCUGUGCCAAAAUCCCUCAUAUGCAGAGUGCCGAGCAGUGUGGAGGGCAUCAACCACGAGCUAGAAAAUGUGUUCAUCAGAGAGGACUGGGAGCAGGGGAUACAGGCCAUGGAUGUGGUGGAUGGCCGUCGCCCCCCCUUCCCUCCGCAUCGCUACAGCAACAGCGGGGACACGCGUGACACAGACACGCAGGCCCCUUCAAGCGGUGACUCCAGCCCGUCGCCCCGCCCCUGCAGCUCUGACCACCUCCACUCGCCUGACGGAAGCCCCUGUUCUGCAGAGGAAAUUGACAAAGACAAUGUGUGCAGUUCUCCUCUACCCAAGUUUGCCACUUCUCCGAAACCUAACAACAGCUACAUGUUUAAACGGGAACCUCCAGAGGGCUGUGAGAAGGUCAAAGUGUUUGAGGAGUUGGUGUCUGGCAAAUCAAAAGGCUUCCCUCUCUUCUCGUGCCCGGACAAAAACAAGGUGAACUUCAUUCCCAGGGGCUCUGCCUUCUGCCCUGUCAAACUCCUCUGCUCCUCUCUCUUCUCCCCUGUUUCUCCCUUGUCCUGCUCCUCGGCCAACCCCAGUCUCCAUGGCAACGAGAGCCCUGGGCCUCAGGUGACCCCAACUCUGCCUACUGCACCACUACCUACCUUUCCGGCCUCCACUGACUGGAGCACUGACAAAAGCACAGGCGUGAACACAGACAACAGCACAGACAGCCAGAGCCCCGACACAGAUGUGGGGAAAGAUGGCUCAGCACAAGUUCUCCUCACCAGCUAGUCCUCAGGUAUUCACGACCAAACCACCUGCAGCUAAAACAGUUCAAGUAGUCAGAUGGUUUGGUUUAAAAAAACAAAACAAAACAAAAACCCAGAAAAACAAAACAAAACAAAAAAAACAAAAAUGACAACAACAACAACAAAAAACAAAAAACAAACAAAAAAAAAUCAUUGCACUCCGUUAAUCCUAACAUUAGCCAGCAGGGAGUGCCCAAGGUCUAGAAAUGACAGAAACUUAAGAGGAUAAUGGUACCGGCAUCCUGCUACACAAGCAUUUCUGCUCGGUCCCAGUGUCUGUCCCAAUGUCUGUGAUGUUUUACCAAGAAAUGGCCAUGGUUUUGGUCAUCGUCACCCAGAUUUUAGAAUGUGCUGACCUUGGGCGCAGCCUCCCUUUACCCAUCACUAACCUAGCCUUCUCCUCUGUACCGUGACAUCACCCAUAACGAAAAUAGCUUUGCUUUCUUUUGCAAAAAAUAGAGACUGCUCAAAUUAUUGUGUUACGUAGCGCUGGCAGUUUUAUCAAGUUGAAAUUUAAAAGGAAAAAUCCAAAACUUUGACAAGAGACAGCUAUGGGACAUCAGAAACACAUUCUACUCAUGUUAUCUAACCAGCUUAUUAGCUGUUAAAUGUUCAGCGAGCUCAAAUCUAAAGUACCUAUAUGUAAGCUUUUUGACAGGAUGGGAAAUGCUUGUUUCAUAUUUUUAACAUAUCGGGAUGUCUUACAGUCAGAAUACCUUUCCCCACAUUAACCACAAUGUUUGCACUUGUUAAGACCUGGCUCGGAAAGAUACAGGCCAUGGCCUAGUUUUUAAUUGUUUAUUUUAAAGUAUUUGUGGCACAGUGUCUGUGUGAAACCCAGCAGUUGCUGGAGUGCAGGCUCCACCCUACAGGCUUACAAGCCAAGACUUAUUUCUGCAUUUGUAGUCUGAUCACUAUGAAAAACUUGGUAAGCUCAAACAACACAAAAUGUUAAUAUCAGCUGUUUAUUCAGAGACCAAAUAACCAAUCACAAAGCACACAACUCCCCCAUUGUCUUGUUUUAUUGCCCCACACUACCCAGAACAAUAACUCAGGUCAUGUGGAAUGUACUUGCUUGGACUAUGUUGCCUUUCCCCAGUGUUUGACUUUCUUCUAUGGAAAGGCACUCCAGUCUUUCGCAGAAAUGUUUUUAUUUUUUUCCCUGGAGAGGGAGGUUAUCACAGACUGAAUCAGCUGAUUGAUGUCACAGUUUGUGACAGAUGGCUUUUGCAUUAACCUGUUCAGGUUAGAGUUUCAGGUGCUAUGACACAUUCCAGAGAUCGCUGUUGCAUUAGUCAACCGUGAGUACUCAUGUAAAUGGAACUAGCUAAAUAAGCUACACCCUCCCAAAUUAAGAAGUUGACAAUUAUGUUGUUUGUUUCCCCCCUUUGUUAAAUAUACCAAAGCAAAUUUCAGAACAGUGAAAGGCCUGUUACAUAUUUGGGACACAAAGAGGUGCCAUUUUUGUGCCAGAAACAGAAUGUUUAAGUGCAGUUUUGUGUAUAAACAGUUAAACAUAUAAACACUGGUUCAUAGUGUUUGAAACACAGGCGCUAAUCGUUAAACCAAGCCUAAGCACUUACUUGGAAGUAAGCUGAUAAUCACUAUUUGUAUUUUGGACCAAUUUGUAAGUUUGAACAAUCAGAACUUGAGUUGAUUGAUUUUGUUUGAAGUAAAUCUACAUUAACCUUUUUUUUGUGUAACACAGUUUUGCUCAAAGUACAGAUCCUAGCAGAUGUACCCUGAAGUUUUUAUUUUUUCAUAUAUAUAUAUAUAUAUAUAUAUGAGACAAUGACUGAUUUACAGGAGGGAGGAUUAAAUAAGUAAAUGUUCCAUUCCAAAACGUUGGUCUAUCUAGCCACUUGCACACAGAAACAAAUAUGAACAACAUAUGCAACACAUUCCUCACAGGUUAAGUUGAAAUUCUCUGUUCUGCUCACAGCUCCAAGAGUUUCAAUCAUACUAAUUCUAAUUUUAGUCACAAGCUCAUUGUGCAGUGCAGUUAAGAAAUGGUUGCCAUGUUUGGCAAUGAUGAUUCAGUUUUCCUGUGUAUUACGCAUUUCUAUGUAGAUCUUGUGUGUGUUUUUCAAUAAAGAAAACAAAAAAAUCCCUGAUUUGAUAUGUAAUCCUUUUUCGAAAGGCUGUAGACAGACACUUUGACCAACAAUAUCAGUGUCCAGAGCGAUGGCAAUUAUAUACAAAUAGGAGUCAAGGUAAGGCAAUCAAUG